AUGACCGAGGUAUCCUCCACCAGGCUGUACCUGGGAAAUCUCCCUCGCAAUGCCACCAAGGCUGAUGUCGAGGCCCAUUUCGCGACCCAUGGCACCGGCGAAAUUACCGAAAUAAAGCUCAUGAACGGAUUCGGCUUCAUCGAGUACAAGGAUGCCAUGGAUGCUCGCGAUGUUGUUCCUGAUGGAUCCGACUUCAUGGGCGAACGCUUGACCGUACAAUUUGCCCGUGGAACCCGUCACAGGGAGGGCGGCAGUGCCGGUGGCUUUGGCAACAAUGAGCGCGCUCCUCCCAGGCCUCGCCGCACUCCCCACCGAAUGCAGAUCACGGGACUUCCCACCGAUACCAGUUGGCAGGACCUCAAAGACUUUGCUCGUCAGUCAAGCCUUGACGUUGUCUACUCGGAAACGCCCCGCGACGGCAACGGGCGCGGGUAUGUUGACCUUAGCCCAACACCUGCAAUUUUGCGUUUGCUGACCAAGACUCGAUCCAGCUUCGUUGAAUUCGAGACUGCGGCGGACUUGAGAACCGCUGUCGAGAAGCUUGAUGGCCGGGAAUUCAAGGGAAGCCGCGUCACCUGCGUAGCAGACACUCAACCGGACAUGCCGCCUCGUGGCGACAUGCGCAGCGCUCGGUCUCGUUCCCCCGGCGGCGGCCGUCGACCCUACCCGCCUCCAGUCGACGACUACGACCGACGUGGUCCCCCGAGAGGCUACAGCCCACGCAGAGAUGGUUAUCGUGAGGGAUACCGUGAGCGUAGUCCCCGCCGCGAGUACUACGACGAGCGUGCUCGUUACCGAUCUCCUCCGCGUCGCCCCAUGGACGAUUACCCCCCUCCACGAGGCCGCUACGACGACCCUUACCGACGGGACUACCCCCCGCCGCCCGACCCUUAUGUCAACGGCAGAGGGCCGUAUGAUCGCCCCCCUAGAGACUUCCCUCCCAGGGAAGCAGGUUACCCGCGUGAUGGGUACCCUCGCGAGUAUGAACGUGGUGGCCGUUACUGGUAA